AUGUACAGCAUUCAACGUUGGCGAAUGGGAGAAACUCCGAAGAAAAUUUGGAAUUUCAAAGGAACCAAGAUAAUGAUUCAAAAAGACUACAAUUGUUUCACUACAAAAGCAGUACAUUCCCCAGAAGUGCAGAUUGGUUCUAUUCUUUCUUACUUAAUGGAUCUCUUUAAAAUCUCAAUCAACAGUGUAGUUCAAUAUGAUAUGCACUUUCCUGUCGUAAUUCCUACUACUAUUCAAGAAUGUAGACAAUUAGAAAUUUACAACAGAGUAAUGAACAACCAACAGAUGAACGCAUUCCUUCGAAAUAUGCCUAUCGUAUCCAAAAUAGUUAUUUUGAACCUAGCGGUGGAGAAUGACUUUCUAUGUGAUCCGGAUAUCAAUUUCAAAUUCUCUUCGGACUAUUUGAAAAUUGGUAACUCCAACUGGAUAACUCGUGGAAUUUUAUUUUCUUCAAGUUGUGCAUACAUUGAGCUAUCCAACUGUAGGUUCCCUUCAGAAGUGUACAUUGAUUUUAUUCGGAACUGGUAUAAUUCGGACAGUACCCGACUGGAAUGUUUGGAAGUUUUGUCCACUGAUGUCAAUCUUACGGCUUCGGUUUUCGACGAGUUAAAGCCAGUUCGAUGGGAUGCCAAGCAAAGGAAUAAAGAGUUUAGAACUCCGUCGAAACUCAUCGACUGUGGAAACGGUUUGGAUAUUGUUCGGAGGGAUGGUUUGAGAGCAACUAUUGUAUCGAACAAUUACCUUUUUUUUUGCUGUCUGGCACCGACCAUUUGA